AUGACUGACGAUGACACCGAGACCUCGACUGUCAGCGAAUUUCAGAUCGCGGAGGAGAACGAUCUGCCUGUUAUCCAGCUGUUCAGCCUGGUCGAAGAGCUCAGCUAUGGAAACUCUGCUCUCAAAACGGAGACAGAGAUGUUUCAGAAAUAUUUAAAUAAACUGGAAUCCAGGGAACAGCGAAUGCUGCGGUUAUCUGACAUUAAAAUAUCAGGAACAGAGUUUUCACAGUUGCGAAGCAGGCGCAAGUCCAAAUCCCGCUCAGGCCCGGACCGUACGUCCAGCCUCAGCGUUGACCAAAAAUGCGAUCUCGUGCGAAAGGAGCUGGAAGACAUGAAGGAGGAAAUAAGGCACCUGAGGGCCAACGCCGAGCGGGACCUGCAGCAUCACGAGGCUAUCAUUGAGGAAGCUGAAAUUCGGAUGGCUGAAGUUCAGAAAGCAAUGCAAGAGUUUGAAAAAGAUAUUUUGAAAACCAUCGCCAAGAAGAAAGGGAGUAUCCUGGCCACUCAGAAAGUGCUGAAGUACAUUGAGGACGCGAACCGCCGGAGGGAUAAUAUGAAGGAUAAAUUACGUUUGAAAAAUGUUUCUCUCAAAGUCACGAGGAAAAAGAUGCUUUUGCAGCUGAGGCAGAAGGAAGAGGUGGGCGAGGCCCUCCAUGACGUGGAUUUCCAGCAGCUGAAGAUAGAGAACGCUCAGUUCUUAGAGACGAUCGAAGGGAGGAACCAGGAACUGAUCCGGCUGAAGCUGGCGUCCGGGACCACCCUGCAGGUCCUCAACUCAUACAAAACCAGGCUACACCGAGCCAUGGAAAUGUCCAGCAAUCUGGAGAAGGAGAUCCUGCUGAGACACGAGCUGCUUGAAAAAAUUGAAAGAGAAAUCCUACAGGUGGAGGAGGACCGGGCCAAAGCCGAGGCUCUGAACAAGCAGCUGCGGAGGCAGAUGGCCGAGUUCCGAGCGCCGCCCGUGAUGACGUACGUCAAGGAGAAGAUCUUCAACGGGGACCUGGAGAAGACCAUCCGCGUCUGGGAGAGGAAAGUGGAGAUCGCGGAGAUGUCCUUAAAAGGCUACCGCAAGGACUGGAAUAAGAUGAAGGCCACCAACGAGAAGUUGCAGCUCAUCAGCCCCCCGGGGAAGUAG